AUGGCAUCGUCUACGAAGAAAAAUUUAGAUUUAUCUAAAGAGCAGAUCAAGGAUUUGGAUUGGAAAAAAGGUACAGAUGCUAAUUCAUUUCUUGCUGAAGAACAACGACUUUCAAAGCAAAAGCCUAUGAUUCAUCAAGUUUCUCAAAAAACUAUCGGUAAAUUUAGUGCUCGUAUCAAUCAAAUGACAUCCGAACAACUUGAUGUAGAACUAGAAAAGCGACAGUUAUCUACAAGCGGUGAUAUGGAUAUUCGACGUAUACGUUUAAAGCAUUAUUAUAAAUACGAAUUAACAUUUCAAUGUAAAAAUCCAUUGACAAUGAUCGAACAGCAGUUUGAAUACAUAGCUGUUGUUGAUUUUGAAGCAACAUGUGAGGAUCAACAAGAUAAUUAUCAGAAUGAAAUAAUCGAAUUUCCAAUUGUAUUGAUUAAUGUACAACAACAAACGAUUGUUGAUAAAUUUCAAUCAUAUUGUCGACCGAUAAUUAACCCAAUUUUAUCGAAAUUUUGUACAGAUUUAACUGGUAUUGAGCAACAUCAAGUAGAUAGUGCUCCUACAUUUGUUGAAGUUUUACAUAAUGUUGAAACAUGGUUAAAUGAACGAAAACUUUUAUUACCAGCAAAUAAACAUACAUUCGCAUUUGCUACUGAUGGCCCAUGGGAUUUUACAAAAUUCCUUCAAUUACAAUGUCAAUUGAGUUCUAUAUCUUAUCCACAGUGGGCUACAGAAUGGAUUGAUCUGCGAAAAGAAUUCGCUCAUUUUUAUUCUGUAAAACGAUGUGGUAUAAAUAAAAUGUUAGCAAAACUUGGCCUUACUUUUGAUGGUCGUCCUCAUUCAGGUAUUGAUGAUGCAACUAAUAUUGCACGAAUAGGUCUGGAAUUAUUAAAGGAUGGUUGUAUUUUAUCAUUGAAUGAUAGUAUACAUUCGUCAGAUCCAAAAUCUACACCAAGAAAUAAUAAUAAUGAUGAUGACUCAAUUGUUUUUAAAGAUUAA